AUGCUUUCCUUACGAUUUCUAUCUUCAAUGCUCUUGCUGGCAGGGUCAGCAUUAGCAGGUCCUAGUAAUGAGACGAGCCCUACACAUAUCUUCCGCUCGAGACCGGACUUACAUGCGCCUAUGCUCGAAACGGUAAUAUUAAGACCGGAGUUGGUCGCACCAGGAUAUAUCAUGCUCGCACCAUAUCGGAAUGUAGAUCCUGGACCUUAUAUCUACGACAACUGGGGACAACUAGUCUGGUCCGGCGCUGGUUCGAGCGGACCCAAGACUGCCCAUGCACCGCAUACUUGUGACUACAAGGGAGAAGAGCAUCUAUGCUAUUUUCAAGGAGAACAACACCAAGGCUUUGCCCGAGGCCAUGGAGUCAUUAUGGAUAAGAACUACCGUAUCGUCAAGACAGUCGAGAGCUCUGGAGCAGGCGCGUCAAGUGAUAUGCACGAAUUCAGACUUACACCAUACUCGAACGGCACUACUGCGCUCAUGACCGUCUAUCAGCCGCGCAUGUACGACUUGACAACCAACCCUAAAUUCCAGAUCAAGAACGGCAUGGGCUGGAUUGUCGAGGGUGUUUUCCAGGAGAUCGAGAUUGAAACUGGUAGAGUGGUGUUCGAGUGGAGAAGUACAGAUCAUCUCGAUCCUAGCUUGACCUACACAUUCCCAGGACGUACAGACACUUCAGGAAACGGAUUGACUGAAAAUACUCCUUGGGACUAUUUCCACAUCAACUCUAUCGACAAGAACCGGGAUGGCGAUUACCUCAUCUCGGCCAGACACAUGGCUGCAAUCUACAAGCUUUCUGGUGUAGAUGGAUCCAUCAUGUGGGAGAUGGGUGGUGCAAACCCGACUUUCCACCAGACAAACUUCAACUUUUCCUCUCAGCAUCACGCUCGCUGGGUCAGUGAGAAUGAGACUCACACGAUCUUGUCUUUCUACGACAAUGCUAGCAAUGGUUUCAACAGAACAGACAAAUUCUCGCGUGGUUACGUCGUUGCUCUCGACCACAUCGCAAACACCGCAACCAUGAUCAAGGAGUAUGGCGCACCCGAGGCCUCCGGCGGUAUCCUUUCUGGAUCUCAGGGCAACAUGCAAAUUCUUCCCAACGGCAACGUUCAUCUUGGUUGGGGCGAACAUCCUUACUUUACCGAGCACACAGCCGAUGGAUCAGCUGUCAUGUACGCCAAAGUCGCAUACCGCUCCAGCAACGUCAUGAUCUACCGCUCACACAAGUUCCCUUGGGUUGGUCAGCCAUUGACAAAACCAGCCUUGUGGACAUACUCGAAGACCAACGACGAGAAAUCUGGCAUGGUCUUCUACGUGUCCUGGAAUGGAGCGACCGAGGUUGCAUCUUGGAACUUUUACGCCAGCGCAAACAGAACUGGACCAUUCCACUUGGUUGGAAACACCAAGAAGACUGGCUUCGAAACUGUGAUGCGCUACAACAACGUCACUACCUGGGGCUUUGCAGAGGCUUUGGACAAAGACGGCAAUGCUCUUGAGCGUAGUGUCAUCCAGAAGACCUUUGUGCCCAGCAUUACACUUCGCGAUUCCUGCGACGAGUGGGCUUGUGGGAGGGCAGAGGCGAUCCGUGAUGAGGAUGUCAAAAACGAUCCUUACAGCGAAGUCAAGGCCGAAUUCCUCAGCAACAACCGCGGAUACGACACGAGUGCAUACUAUGCCGAGCUACCACAAAGUGCAGCCGAGCAUGACGCUGAAGAGAGAGCGCAGCGCCAGCGAGCUGUAAAGGCACGCAUGCUGGUGGGUGUUCUUUGCGCGACUGCCGGAGUUGGGGUCUUCAUUCUUGCUCUGAUACUUGCCCGCAAGCAACUAUCAGGCGCUAUGCCUGUGUCCUUUGUCAGGAGAGUGUCUGAUGUCAGAGACGCCAUCAGUGUCAGAGUACUAGGCAAGAAGUACAUUCAGGUCGACGAAGAAGAGAAAUAUUCUGAUCGAUCAUGA